AUGGCGCUUCAGUGGAUUGUUAUUGUAUCCCUUCUGAUCUCCUCAGCUAUAGGAGGAGGUCGAGAUAACAUGGGUACUGAGUUCAUUCUGGGUUUCAUGGAGAACAAAAUAUCUGGUACGGCGAACAACAUUGAACUGUUUGUCACUACGACAUCGAACACUCCCGCGGACAUCACAGUAACCACGCCCCUUUUUGACCCCAGCUUCUCUGAGACUACCACCGUCAGCCGAGGAAACAUAAAAAAACUAGAGCUAACAUACAACAUCCGAGGCUCUGGUACAGCAGUGGAAAACAAGGGCGUUCGAAUUGUCUCUACACAAGAAAUAACAGUGUACGGCGUCAACAAAGAGAGGUACUCUACUGACGGGUUUGUUGCUUUCCCGGUGGAUGCCAUUGGCUUAGAAUAUGUUCUUGCCACUUGGAAAAGCGAGGCCGUAUUCAUGAUCAUCGGUACUGAGGACGGAACAACGGUCCAAAUUACCCUUUCUUCAUCCAACCCUACUGCCACGUCGAUCACUUACAAUGGCGCUACUUAUUCUAAUGGACAGACCCUUUCAGUAUCUCUAAACAAAUACCAGACUUUCCACGCCUUUUCUUCCUCGGGGGACUUUACUGGGACAAAACUGGUUUCGAACAAAGUGAUCACUGUUAUGACAGGAAACAGAAAGGUCGCCGUAAAGGACUCCAUGACAAGAUCUAGCUCGGACCAUUUAGUAGAACAAGUUCCCCCUAUUGAUACACUUGGAAAAGACUUCUUCACGAUUAGUACACCAGAUAGAAAUAUUGGAGACUACUUUCGCAUCAUAGCCACUGAAGACUCUACGGAGAUUUCCUUGGCAGGAUCGGUAUAUACUACCAUAAAUCAAUAUGAAUAUACAGAGCUGAACGUGGUUACAGGUGAUUACAAAAGUAUUACUUCCAACAAGCCAGUAAUGGUCACCAUGUUUGGGAAAACCAUCAGCACACAAAGCGGCGACGGUCCCAAUGGAGGAGACCCUCAGUUCAGCAUCCUCCCCGCAGUUCCACAGUUUCCGUCGGACUACACAUUCAGCACGAUUCAAACUCCUACAGGAGACUUCAAUAACUACCUUGUGGUCGUUAUCAAAGAUUCUGCCAAGAAUGAUCUAAAACUUGACGAACAAAGUCCAUCAGGUGUAACAUGGACCCCCGUCAGUGGAUCUUCUCAUAACCUUGUGGUGGCCACUUUCGAAGUGAAUCCCGGUUCCCACUCUGUCUACAACACGAAGCCGUCUGCCACGUUUCUGGGUAUGGCUUUUGGUAACGCCCAAACCAAUUCGUACUCUUAUGCGGCUGGAACUCGACUUGCACCCAUCAAUGGGCCCUGCACGCCGUCUUCUACCGUGGCUGGUGACAUUGUUGAUAACGACUGUGAUGGCUGGAUUGACGAGGAAGAGAGUAACGGAAUAGAUGACGAUGGAGAUGGUUCCAUUGAUGAAGAUUUGGCUAACCUCCCGCGAAUCAACGGAAACUGGGCAGCUUGGGGACAGUGGAGCGCAUGCUCGUUGACAUGUAACUCCGGAACUGGUUCCCGAAGUCGUUCACGCACUUGCACAGACCCUGCUCCGGCCAAUAAUGGUAUUGACUGUGUGGGUAGCGGCGCAGAAACAGGGUCCUGUACAGUAAAUACGCCCUGUCCAAUUGAUGGACAGUGGGGAUCAUGGUCAGCGUGGAAUUGUUCUCGAACUUGUGGGAAUGGGUUAAAUACAAGGAACCGCGAGUGUGAUAACCCUGCCCCGCAACAUAAUGGAGCGGACUGUUCUGGUAACAGCACUGAGAGCGGUGCAUGCUGGGCGGGCACCUGUUAUCCGUCUGUUCUCGGUAAUCUGGAUAAGAAUUGCACUUCUUCGUCCUUCGGGUGUAAAGCCGGAAACAUCGACUGUGUCGACCUUGAAAAAAGCUGCGAUGGCGCUGUAGACUGUACAGACGGAAGUGACGAAGACCCUCAAGUAGCGGGCUGUACGCCUGCCUGCAGCGGUGCAGGUGUCAAUGAUGGAAAACACACACUAUUUGUGUCCUUGUCAGCCAUAUCUGUUAUCUUUCGAAACUGGCGAUUGCUUCUAUAA